GAACACUAGAUACAAUGUUGCCAAUUCAUCACACAUUUUUUGAAAACUAUUGUUAUUUUUUAUAAAAGUUUAUCAGUUUUAAAAUUGUAAAUAAAAAUAAUCUUAUAAUAUUUACUUAUUCAAGAAAUAAUAUAAUCCAUUCGAAAGUAAAUUUCCGAAAAAUGCUACAGCUGGCAUCACUGCCCAGACAUGAUGAGUCAGGAUUCGAAUUCUUCGAGACCCUGGUAGAAAUAUUUAUUCUGAUAAGCAUUCACUUUGAAUUCUAAGCACUCGGCGUUCGGUUCAAGUUGAAGGCAAGAGAAUAUUAUUUUUAGCCAGUAGGCCAGAGCUAUUUUAUUUUUUCGGCUGCGCCACUGCGAAUAAAUCAAACCGUUUCGAAACGAAAGAACAAAGCGCUGAAAGCAUGCCUAUCAUUCGGCUUGAGUCUUCCGACAAGGAGAUCUUCGACAUCGAACAAGAGAUUGCCAAGUGCUCGGAGACAAUUCGCACGGCGCUGGAGGACCUAGGCGAUGAGAGUGAUAACAGCGUCCUGCCGCUGCAUAAAGUAAACUCUGUGAUCCUGAAGAAGGUUCUUCACUGGGCCACCUAUCAUAAAGACGAUCCGCAACUGACUGAGGAAGACGAAAACAAGGAGAAGCGAACCGACGACAUUUCAUCGUGGGAUGCCGAUUUCCUAAAAGUCGAUCAAGGUACUCUGUUUGAGCUCAUUCUGGCGGCCAAUUACUUGAACAUUCAGGGCCUGUUGGACGUCACCUGCAAGACUGUGGCCAAUAUGAUCAAGGGCAAGUCCCCGCAGGAGAUUCGCGACACGUUCACCAUCAGCAACGACUUUUCGCCUCAGGAGGAGGAGAAGGUGCGCAAGGAAAACGAGUGGUGUGAGGAGAAGUAAUGCGCUCGAAACAAUAAAUCGGAUGACCUGAUUAGAAUAGUAAAACUUGUAAAAGAAUUUUAUAAAAUGUAAAAUAAACAUUCAUAUUUGGUUUAUGUACCUUUCCUAUAAUUCAAGAGGUUAGAAAGACCACGUAAACCAUUUGAAUUGCUUUCAGUAA